AUGACGCGCGCAGACCACACACAGGACCCCGCUCUGAACUCACUCCGCCGCCGCCUCGCCCACCGCCCCGACCUGCUCCUCGCCAUAGCGAAACGCCACUCCACGAACCCCCUCCUCCACCCCCCUCCCGCCCCGCUCGACCCCUCCGACGCCCUCCCCGCCACCUCCCCCAGCGUCCGCAUCACCAUCCCCCAGGGCAGUCCCACCUACGACGCCCUCGGCCUCACCCUCAAAACCAAACAGCGCGAAGUCCAGGUCGAUAUCCCUCUAUGGCACACUGCCAAGACGCCGAGGGAAGUCGGGCAGAGUGUUGAGAAGAUGGGGGAGGAUGCGCUGGGGUAUUACGGUAUCCCCGAGAACCCAAAAGUAACAUCCUACACCACCCCCCUCCACGCCUACAUCCUCCCCCUCAUCCCCAUCCUCCUCAACAUCUUCCUCUUCUACGCCCCCUCCUCCAACCACUACGCCAACAUCGGCCGGUCCCUCGUCCAUCAAUCCAUCGGCCCCAACGCCAUACGGUACGGUAUCCUCUUUUUCGGUUCUUUCCACUUUAUAAUCGAACCCUUACUCCUGUUCCGAGGACUCUGGCGAUACAGAGUCCCCCUCAUCCCGAGCUUGCUCUACCUCUCGACGGUCGUCAUCAUCGGCUUCGGGGGUAUCGACGCCCUCAGGCGAGCUGUGAUCCAAGAACGUAUCCGCCUCCUCCGAUCCGCCUCUCCCAUCGACGCUAAAGACCGACCCCUCCCCACUUCCGCCCACGCGCAUGUUGACGGAAACGAAUUUGCCCUUUACAAUAUCCCCUCGCACCCCAAAAUCACACACUACAACCCCCCCGCCCCCCUCCCAACCCUCAUCCUCCUCCCCCUCUCCCUCCUCCUCUUCCUCCACUUUGCCCCCUCCUCCCCCACCUACGCCACCUACGCGGACACCGGCCGAGCGUUGGUUGAGCGGUAUCUCGGGCCUAGGGUGGUGGAGUAUAAUGUCUUGUUUGCCGGCGCUUGUCACCUAAUCAUCGAACCCCUCCUCAUCCUCCCAAAACUCAUCAAACACACCGUCCCCCUCUCCACCAGUUUUCUCUAUAUCAUGACGGUGGUCGUCAUCGGGUAUGGCGGGAUACAGGCUUUUGAUCGGGCCGUGUAUGAAGAGAGGGUACGACUGCUUCGCGCUGUGCCUGUGCCUGUGCCCAAGAAGGACCAGUAA